GGGUCUGCCGGGAAGCGCUGCGGCGGCUUCCCGGGGCGCUGCCGCUCCGCCUGGCUGCGGGGCGGGCCGAACCGAACCGAACCGGGUCGGAUCGGAUUGGGGAAGUGUCCAUCUCCCGCCGCGCCGGGAUCUCCGCGGUCGGCAGGCGGGCCCGGAGAAGCUACCGCCAUGCACGACGCUUUCGAACACGUUCCGAUCCUGGAGAAAUUGCCGCUGCAGAUCGACUGCCUAGCGGCCUGGGAGGAAUGGCUUCUUGUUGGUACCAAACAAGGCCAUCUUCUUCUUUACAGGAUCAAGAAAGACAUAGGCUGCAAUAGGUUUGAAGUGACACUGGAGAAAUCCAACAAGAACUUCUCAAAAAAGAUUCAGCAGAUUCAUGUUGUUUCUCAGUUUAAAAUUCUGGUCAGUCUACUGGAAAAUAACAUUUAUGUCCAUGACCUGUUGACAUUUCAACAAAUCACCACGGUUUCCAAGGCAAAAGGUGCAUCUCUCUUCACUUGUGAUCUUCAGCAGUCAGGUUCAGGGGAAGAGGUGCUGAGGAUGUGCGUGGCCGUGCGGAAGAAGCUACAACUUUAUUUUUGGAAGGAUAGAGAAUUCCAUGAAUUACAGGGGGACUUCAGUGUACCUGAUGUUCCCAAGUCGAUGGCGUGGUGUGAAAAUUCCAUCUGUGUAGGCUUCAAGAGGGACUAUUACCUGAUAAGGGUGGAUGGAAAAGGAUCUAUCAAAGAACUGUUUCCCACAGGGAAGCAGCUGGAACCAUUGGUAACUCCUGUAGCAGAUGGAAAAGUUGCAGUUGGCCAAGAUGAUUUAACAGUUGUGCUCAAUGAAGAAGGGGUCUGUACUCAGAAAUGUGCCUUGAAUUGGACAGAUAUUCCUAUAGCCAUGGAACAUCAGCCUCCCUACAUCAUUGCUGUGCUGCCAAGGUACGUGGAGAUCCGCACGUUCGAACCCCGGCUCCUGGUGCAGAGCAUUGAGCUGCAGAGACCACGCUUUAUCACCUCUGGGGGCACAAAUAUUAUAUAUGUGGCAAGUAAUCACUUUGUUUGGCGGCUCAUUCCGGUGUCCAUAGCCACACAGAUCCAGCAGCUCCUGCAGGACAAGCAGUUUGAGUUGGCUUUGCAGUUGGCAGAAAUGAAGGAUGAUUCAGAUAGUGAGAAGAGACAACAAAUUGACCACAUAAAGAACCUCUUUGCCUUCAACCUCUUCUGCCAAAAGCGAUUUGAUGAAUCCAUGCAAGUUUUUGCUAAGCUUGGUACAGAUCCCACUCAUGUGAUGGGUCUGUAUCCUGACCUCCUGCCCACAGAUUACAGGAAGCAGCUGCAGUAUCCCAACCCCCUGCCAGGGCUCUCUGGGGCAGAGCUGGAGAAGGCACACUUAGCUCUGAUAGACUACCUAACACAAAAAAGAAGUCAGCUGGUGAAGAAGCUAAAUGAUUCUGACCAUCAGUCCAGCACCUCCCCUCUUAUGGAGGGAACACCUACAAUCAAAUCCAAAAAGAAGCUGCUACAAAUCAUUGAUACUACCCUAUUAAAGUGUUACCUUCAUACAAAUGUAGCACUGGUGGCACCACUGCUACGUCUGGAGAACAAUCACUGCCAUAUUGAGGAGAGUGAGCAUGUACUGAAGAAGGCACACAAAUACAGUGAGCUCAUUAUACUCUAUGAGAAGAAAGGUCUGCAUGAGAAAGCAUUACAGGUACUGGUGGAUCAGUCAAAGAAAGCCAACUCCCCCUUGAAGGGUCAUGAGAGGACAGUACAGUAUCUGCAGCAUUUGGGCACAGAAAACUUGCACUUGGUGUUCUCCUACUCUGUCUGGGUGCUAAGAGAUUUUCCUGAAGAUGGGCUGAAGAUAUUUACAGAAGACCUCCCAGAAGUUGAAGCUUUGCCACGAGACAAAGUCCUCAGUUUCUUGAUAGAAAAUUUUAAAAGCUUGACUAUUCCUUAUCUGGAACACAUCAUUCAUGUCUGGGAAGAAACCGGUGCAGACUUCCACAACUGUCUGAUCCAGCUGUACUGUGAGAAAGUGCAGGGCUUAAUGAAGGAUUAUCUCAGUUCUUUCCCUGCAGAUAAAAAUCCAGUGCCUGCUGGGGAGGAAGGAGGAGACUUGGGGGAUUACCGGAAAAAGCUUCUGCUUUUUCUAGAGAAGUCCAUCUGGUAUGAACCCAGUCGACUGAUAAGUGACUUCCCUUUUGAUGGUCUCCUAGAAGAACGUGCUCUGCUCCUGGGUCGUAUGGGGAAGCAUGAACAAGCUUUGUUUAUUUAUGUUCAUAUUUUGAAGGACACCAAGAUGGCUGAAAACUACUGCCAUAAACAUUAUGACAGAAACAAAGAUGGCAACAAAGAUGUCUAUCUGUCACUGCUCCGGAUGUAUCUCUCCCCACCAAGUGUUCAUUGCCUGGGACCAAUAAAAAUGGAGGUUUUGGAGCCUCAAGCCAACCUACAGGCUGCUCUGCAGGUUUUAGAACUACAUCACAGCAAGCUGGAUACCACCAAGGCAAUAAACCUGCUCCCAGCAAAUACACAGAUAAGUGAGAUUAGAAUCUUCUUAGAGAAAGUCCUUGAGGAAAAUGCUCAGAAGAAGAGAUUUAAUCAAGUACUCAAGAAUCUUCUCCACGCAGAGUUUCUUAGGGUCCAGGAGGAGCGGAUCUUGCAUCAGCAAGUGAAGUGCAUUAUUACAGAGGAGAAGGUGUGCACUGUGUGUAAAAAGAAGAUAGGUAACAGUGCAUUUGCUCGAUAUCCCAAUGCAAUAGUUGUGCAUUAUUUCUGCUCCAAAGAAGUCAACACAUUGGACACCUGACCUUGUCAUGGUCAAUAACCCCAACAUGCAAAUGAAAUUCAGAACUGAUGACUUAAGAAGUUGAUGCCUCUGAGAUUUUUGAGGCUUUUUGCUACGUUCUCUUACACUGGGUAGAAGUCAUUUGUAUCCGUGGACUGACUGUACCUAUCUGGCAAUAUUGGUUUUGGUAAAAUGACUUUAACCACGUUACUAUAAUGCUGGCAACUACACUGAACCUCUCAGUACUCAGCUGAAGAAUAGAAACUGAUUUUUGUAGUGAGUUUUGUACUGCACUCCAGCCUUGCAAAUGAGGUGUUAGACAACUGCUGGGUGUUCACCUCAAGUCAGAUUUUACUAUAAAACUUACCUCAUUAGGGUGACAAUGUUGUGAUUUGGCCUUGUAUGUAAAUAGUUCUUCAAAAACAGAAAAUUCCUUUGGAGUCUUUGCAGUUGUGUCAGUGUUGCAUGAAGAUCACCAGAUACUUGGCAGAGGGAAAGCUGUGCCUAUUUCUAGACCUAGAAAAUACAAUUUUACUAUCAUCUCACUAACGGGAAUGUUUAAAUGCUGGCCAAAGGAAUCUUUUUAUUGAUGUUCAGUGUUGCAACCUGGCCUUCUGAUAAGAACUUCCACUGGAGACAGAUAAACAGUAGAUACCACUAGUAAGCGUGGUUUUUUUCUUCUUACUUUAGUUUGAGAGCUGUAAAUGGAAUUGUGUUGUUUGCAGUGAAUAUAUUCACUCUUACUACGAGUGGAAGCUCAGACUAUUCUGAGAAGUUCACAUCUGUACUUGUACAAAAAAGCAAAGAGCAAUUUCUGAAGGGAGUGGCCUAUAAUUAUUGCUUGAGCUUCUAAACUAUCCUGGAGAAUUGUGUAUAUAAAUUCUCUGGUCUCUGGUUCACUCUCUAGCAUUGAACUAAAAUCCAGACUAUUUUGUCAUUUCUCCAUUUUAAAUACUCUAGAACUGUGUUCUGCUCAGGCUGGUACUGUUCUUAAGUCUUGGGCCAGAAGUCUUAACUGUAAGAACUAGAUUGUACCAUACUCCUUGUAGGUUGUAAUAUUUUUGUCUAACUUAUUUUUCCAUGAACUUUACUCUGUAGCAAGUUAGUAUGAGGGAUAUUAAAAUGUUGGGUUGGUGCAGAAAUCAUCUGUGCAAUGAUACUAAAAAGGCAGUGGUAGCAAAUAACCCAGUAGAGGGGCUGACUCCCAACAUCCUGGUCUAGCAAUAUUUAUAAAUAUGUAAUUAGUAAAUAGUAUGGAGCAUGGCAUGUAACUCUGAGAUACCACCUCUUAAUGAACACUUAGAUGAAUAAAGUCUGUCCACCCAAGGUCUAACUGGAUUUUGGUUAACAUCAUAGGUUUACUUAAGAAAUUGAUAUGUGAGUGCUUUUUAGGAACAGAUCUGCUUUAGACUGAUGAGUCCUAAUUCACUUUCAUUUGCCAAUGUUAAUAGUUUCCCUUCAUAAAUGUUUGGGGUUUUUUCCCUUUGUAAUUGUAUUUAUUUUUCACAUGCCAUACAUUUGUAUGGUUUUCUUGGUCCAAUGUUUUGCUGUGCUUGGAUGUCCUGGGCAGUAUUGCUACUUAUGUCCUUCUGCAGAGGCUGGGUAGAGGGAUUCUGUGGUGUUAAUAUUUUUAACCCUGUAUUUCUUCUAUUUGAAGAAGAGAGCUUAAAAAUACUUAUACUGGAUUUGCACAUUCUGUAUAAAUCUUUAUAUACUAGUUCAGGUACAGAGGGAAGACGGUUUGGGAGAAUUGUGUUUACAGGUCAUUCAGAAAAAAGAAGGGUAUUUAAAAAGGCCUUGUAUUCUUUGUAUGCAGGUAUAAACAAUACUGCUCUUAUGUUUAGCACCAUAACUCUUAUUUUAUCUUUAUUAUCCACUACCAGGAGAGCUGUAUUCACAUAUGAAGAUCUUCUUUGUGCUUACUUACAUAGUUAAGGUUGUGCCUCUACUCACCUCCAUUGCAUCACUUUCAGAGAGAUGUGGUUAGUGCUGUAAUGAUUUUGCUUGGGUUUUAUAAUGUGGUUUGGGUUUACUCACUAUACCAGCAGGUUUAACUAAAGCAACAGAGUGUAAUAAAAGUUGUGAAACUC